UAGUGGCCAGAGCGGGGCGGGGGGAGGGUUGGGAGCCAGGACUCCCCCCAGACUGCCUCUGGGAGGGAGUGUGGCCAAGCGCCUAGCCCGGGGAGCCGGGACUCCUGGGUUCUACCCCGGCUCUUAGAGCUGGGGGCGUACGUGCCAAAGACCUUCCAUGCGGGUACCACGCCAUGCCAAGCCACCCCCGCUCGACGCCUGGCUUCAGAGUGGGCUGUGAAAUCCCCGUUCCAUCGUGUUCAGCCUCCUUGCCAGAGCGCACCUGGGCAAGGGACGCCCGCUCGGCUUGACAGCAGCUGGCACGGAGCCCUGGGCCCCGCCCGCCCGGCAGGCGAGUCAGUCGGCUCCGAAUCCCGCCCCUUUCCCUGCUGAAGAGUCAGUCGUCAGGGCACCCGAAAAGUCAUUCGGUGCCAGUGCAACCCGGAGCACCUUGUUCCCCCCGCGCCCGAGCGAGCGACAUGGAGAUCACCGCGGCCACACUGCUUCUGCUGCUCCUCGGCCUCUCCUGCCUGGUCGUCCACCUCCGCGGGAAGGGCCAGCGGAAGGGGGGGUGUUUGCCCCCGGGCCCCCGCCCGCUGCCCCUGCUGGGGAACCUGCUGCAGCUCGAUACCAAGGACAUGGCCAAAUCCCUUCUCACGCUAAGCGAGCGCUAUGGGCCUGUCUACACCCUCCACCUGGGCUCCCGGCGGGUGGUGGUGCUGUGCGGCUACCAGGCGGUGAAGGAGGCCCUGGUGGACCAGGCCGAGGCGUUCAGCGGGCGCGGGGAUCUGCCCGUGAUGUUCCGCUUAACCCAAGGAAACGCCGCGCCCUUCGACCCCACCUUCCUCAUCAGCCAGGCCGUCUCCAACGUCAUCUGCUCCAUCGUCUUCGGCGACCGCUUCGACUACCAGGACGGGAGCUUCCUCACCUUGGUCAGCCUCAUGAACCGGAACGCCCAUCUGUUCAGCUCCCCGUGGGGGCAG